CACAGCAUCGUAGGAGAGGGAAGAUUGCUUGAGUGUCAAUGAAAAUCUUCAGGCUGGUUACGCUCUUAAAAUUUCCAACUUCAAUUCUGUUUUAACUGAUGCAAGAAAAGCAUUUUCUUCAGUGAUCAGUUCUGUCCCUGUGGCAGUUUUCUCAAAUGCAGCUGUAAUUUGGAGUUUACAACUGAGGAAAAACAACAACAAUUUAAGCAUUCCUUAGAUUGUGGUUUAAAGCAACACGCACACGCAUGAAUAACUAUAGCGCCGAUGAAGACUUGGACGAUGACCUUGCCACCCAAUAUGUCAUUCAGCGGAGUUUACAGGAUACACACAAGCCAGAGACCAUACAACAUGCAGAGAACAAUGACAGUCUCCAUUCUUUUUUGAGCCCGGAAUAUAAGAAGAUUGUUGAAGCAAUCAAGGCAGGUGAGGAAGAUGCUCUAUCAAAGCUGUCUGUGCACUCUUCGGCAUUUGAGGAGACGGAUCAGACAGGCUGGCUCCCUUUGCACCAUGCGGCAACCCAAUUAAACAAACACGUCUUGGAACUCACUCUGAAAGGUUCGCCACCCAGACUAUGGGAGCAAACUACUCGGAAAGGUGAGACUCCACUCUUCUUGGCAGUAGACAAAUGCCUUGCGGAAAAUACCAACUUUCUUCUUCUCAAUGACUGUGACCCCAACACUCAGAAUGAAGAAGGCCAUUCUCCUUUACUUAUGGCUGUCAAACACCAUUCCUAUGACAUGGCUUCCUUGCUGAUCACCUUUGGCGCCAACGUGAAUUUGCGCUGUGCUAACAAGAGGACGGCAUUGCACGAGGCCGCCCGGCUGGGCAGGAAGGACGUGGUGGACCUCUUGCUGCGUUCAGGGGCUGAUCCUGACCCACAGAGCACCUAUGGGUUCACGCCGCUCGCUCUUGCUGCCCAAGGUGGGCACACGGAAGUGAUGGAACUCUUGCUACAAAAGGGGGCCAAUGUUCUCUCACAGGCUUCAGAUGCUUCAUCCAUUUUGCUUGAGGCUGCUGCUGGAGGAAAUCCCGACUCUCUGACUCUCCUGCUGGAAUAUGGAGCAGAUGCCAAUGUCCCCAAGAGUUCAGGCCACUUGCCUAUUCAUGUAGCAGCUGAUCGAGGCCAUUUGUUAGCGUUACAGAUUUUGGUCCCUGCAACGGAUUCCCUUGCCAUUAAGAGAAGUGGGAUCAGCCCCCUUCAUUGUGCAGCGGCUGGAGCACACUCACAAUGCCUUGAGUUUCUCCUCCGAGUUGGGUUUGAUGCCAACUUCAUGCUCGAUCAGAAAAUUCGCAAACACUACGAUGACCAAAGAAAGUCGGUCCUGUAUUUUGCUGUGUCAAAUGGCGACGUCUCCUCAGUGAAGCUGCUCUUGAAUGCUGGGGCGCUGCCCAAUCAGGACCCAGUCAACUGCCUCCAGAUAGCCCUCAGAAUGGGUAACUACGAGCUGGUGAGCCUGCUCCUCAGGCACGGAGCCAACGUCAAUUAUGUCUGUAGAGUGAAUCCUUUACAUUUCCCAUCAGCUCUGCAGUACACGCUCAAAGAUGAGAUCAUGCUAAGGCUGCUGCUGAACUAUGGGUAUGACACGGAGAGGUGUUUUGACUGUCCCCAUGGAGACAAAGUUCAUUCCCGCUACACUUUUGAAGGCUGGACCUCGACGGUCAUUCGAGAUACACUGUUCUGCGAGGUGAUCACUCUGCCUUGGCUGCAACACCUCUCGGGUAAGGUCAUUCAGGUGAUGCUUGACUAUGUUGACAGAGUUCAGAUCUGCUCCAAGCUAAGAACAGUACUCCAAGAACAGGCAUCGUGGGCAGAAAUCAAUUCAGUCCUCACAAACCCUCGUUCCCUAAAACAUCUUUGUCGUCUAAAGAUUCGGAAAUGCAUGGGACGCUUACGUCUACGCUGCCCUGUCUUCAUGUCAUUUCUUCCACUACCCAAUCGACUGAAAGAAUAUGUACUUUUCAGAGAGUAUGACCUUUAUGGACAAGGAUGUUUAACAGGGACCUGGUAAUUGAAAUACUCCAGAGCAGAUGUUUUGCAGCCAGGUUCCUUAAAAAUAGGAAACUAUUCAGCCUCUCUCCUGGUUCUAUCUGUCAUGUAUAAUAUGCACAUUUACCAUCCGCCUUGCCCAAGUAGUUCUGAACCCACUUUUCUAUCCAUCUCCAUGUAGAGCAGAUAGUGGGUGUACACAAAUACACUUGGGAUCAGUGAUUUGUCAGCUUGAGGGGCUCGGUUGUGAACUCCCUCCAAUGACUGAUGAAGACCAGUCUAGCAGAUAGGUCCCAGGGAACUGUCAGGAUCACAUGGAGACGGAGACUGAGACUUGCCCAGCAUCAGACAUGGAAUAAGGAUCAGAGGGUGGAUUUGAAUCCAUGUUUUCUGGACCCUAAGCCCCACUCUAUUCACUCUACCACACUGCUUCUAUGGCAGACACAAAGUUUUAGGAAUGAAAACAUUACCAUAAAACCUCAAUUAACUGGAAUGGUCCUGUGUUCUAAUGAUGUUUUCAACUCGUUAGAAAUCUUUCCAAAGCUAUCCAUCCACUUUUGCACUUUAGUAAAGAAGGUAUUUUCAAAAAAAUGGAAUCUUUGUAUUUUUAGCAACAAUUUUUACUGUAUAGUGUUGGCAGAUGAAGAAUGAGGUGGGAUGGAGUUGGGUGACCUACCUCUAAACAGCUAUGGACAAAUCACUUCCUCAUGCUCAGUUUCCUUAUCUGUUAAAUGAGGAACUGAGAGGAGAUGGUCCCUCAGGUCUGUUCAGGCUCUGACAUUUCUACUCUGGGCCACUGAGGUCAGGCUGUGUGGCCAUGGGCAAGUUCCUUAAUUUUUCUGAGUGGAAAAUGGGGGAACACUCAUCAGCCUGCCCUCUAGGAGGUGCUGGGGAUCAAAUACAAGAGGCAGCCCCCGUCUGCUAUGAGCUCUGUGCUGCAGGCAAGGAUACGUGGCUGGUGACGUCAAUGCACCGGAAGGCGGGACUGCCAGGAGCAGAAAAGGCUAGAUGCCUGGCAUCACGGACCUCAUCUCACAGGGGCUCUGAGCAAAGGGCUUGGUGAAUCAGACAUCACAUAAACGAGGUGGGAGUUUGAUUCUUGGGGUUUAGUUGGAAUGUGUACUCACCUCAAAAACAAACAAAAGCCCACAUCAAUUUCCAGUCAUCUGCUUAGUACUGAGAGACUUGGUCUUCAGUUAACUGAAGUUUUAAUGUAAACGUCUUUGCACAAGAUGCUGGAUGUCUGUUAAGCUUGCUAUUGAGAGAAUGCUAACAUAGAAAGUAAGCUGUGUUUUAAAUAAAUACAUAUGAAUUUAAAUAAAAUGUAGCAACAAUGUCAAAUUUCUAAUGACUCCAGUUACUGGAACAUAAACUAAUCACUGCUGGGCAUACAGAAACGUUCAGAUAACUGGCAGACUUAUUGACAGAAACAAUGACAGCAUUUGAUUAAAUUACCUAAAUGAUUUUGUUCCUGUAUUUCUUAAAACAAUGGAUUUAAACACCAGUUUCUGUAUGUAGAAAUUUAGAUCAUUAAACAUUUUACAUGCAUGCCAAGAAUGAUACUCUUCUGGCUAUCCUAGUAUUCAGGCAAUACAUGAAUAAUUUGAUAGAAAAAUAAAAUGUCAGAGAACCAGUCCCUUCUCAUACUUAUAUUUUAAUGGCAAUGCCCAAUUCAGUCAACAAGAGUACCCUCCAGAACCACAUGAUCAUGAUAUACCGUGCCUCACUGAGUUUGUCAGAUGUGGGACUUAAAAGCACCAUAGGCUAUUUUAAUAAGCACAUAUUUACUUUGGGAGGAGAGUAAAUUUAGUGAUGGACAGUCUUUUACAAAAACAUUUGCAGGAAUAACUUGCAUUAAUAGUCUGUUUUUUCUCAUUUACGUUAUCGGGUCAGAUUAUGUGUGUGUGUGUGUGUGUGUGUGUGUGUGUGUAUAUAUAUAUAUGUAGAAUAUACAUGCAUCUACAUUAGUUAAAUUACAUUAAGUAAAAAUUCUAUUCCAUUUGUUCCCUGACCCCUCCAAAAGUUUACAAGCUUACACAAUGUGGAGAGGACGAGUCCACAGAAAUCAAACCUCUAUAAGAAUGGUAUGUUAAGGACUAUAAGAAAUUAUAAAUAGAAUAUAUGGAAAUGAUAUCAUUCAAGCAAUACCAUAGGUCUAUGCUGGUGUAUACAUUCACCCGAUCCUUUAGAACAGAGGUGUCAAACCUGCCCCAGCAAAACUCCAAGUGCUGCUAGAAACAGAUCAAAAUGUAAUUAGGAAAUGUUUAACAAAAUACAUAAAAAUACAAUAUAACAUAGAUAAUGUUAAUUUGUGAUUUUCUAAGUCAAUAUGUGGCUGGCAGAGAUCGGUGUCUAUUUGAGUUUGACCCCACUGCUUUAGAGUAUGGCAAUUCUUUAGAAAGUGUUUGGUGAUAGUAAGACCAAAAUGGUAAAUGUAAGCCUGCUAACAUGUCAAAUCUAAUUAUUGAAAAAUGUCACUUUUCACUGCCCAUCAUGUUUCUGAAAAAGUGGCAAUACAUGGAAUUACAGUGUUGUAAACAGAAGAAAAAUGUCCGAAUCUUUGACAAUGUAUGUCAUGUGAAAGCACUUAAAUUCAGUACAGAUAUUUAUAUUCCAUUCACCUAUUUCAAACCCCAAAUUAUUACAUACAAAACACGUUAUUUUAUUACAUUUAAAAUUCAAAUGGCAUAUUACCAUUCAGUCCUGUCACCAAUAUUCUAUGCCCAUUUUUACAAUAUAAAAAAAAAUCCCAAUGUCACCACUGUCUUAUAUACAAUCCCAAUUCUAAAGGGAAAUUUUGCAUGAUUCUUACUUAUUGAAAACUGCUGAAAAUUACACCAAUAAAAGAAUCAAUCUAGCAUUACAAACAUUUGCCCAUGUCACAUUACAAAAUCACUCGAACAUACUACAAAAAGUAGUCAUUUUUGUACAUGAACCUGGUUUGUACAUGGGCCUGUUCUCAUGUUAGCUCUUCACAUACAUGAUAAAUUAUCUUAGACAAUCACAAGCGACAGCUUAAAAAUGUAAUGAAAUUCUGACAUCCCCACAGAUGUGCUUCCUAAUAAUUGUGUCUUUAAUUUCAUGGGAAUGAGGAUUAAAUCUCACAGAUGUAAGGCAAGUCACCAUUUCUCCAAAUGGAAUGAAAUGCUCGCCUUAACAGGGGCUCUUUUGGGCACCUGAAAUGGACCAGGUCUGAGCCUGAGCUAUUAAAUGAAACAAGAACAAAAACCAAACCAGUGAGAUGACCCAAUGCCUUGUGAUCCAAUGGAUGCUUCAGAUGUUUAGAAUUUAAAAGAAAACUUCCUAUAAAAUACCUGAACUUCUUGCAUCAGACUCCAAAAUUUGUAGACGGGUUGAUUUCUUUGUUAAAUAAGAAUUCUCAUAUUAGCAUUAUGUUCAUUUCUCAAUCAUUUAUUCUUUUUUCUUUAUCUUUUUAACUUAGGUCAAAACAACCUUUUAAAAAAUCACCGAAGUUUUAGGGUUCUGUUAUAAAAACCCGUGAAGUGGAGGUGUGGUAGUAUGGCACAACACUGACUUCAGGCACAACUUCAAAGAUGCCAACAAGUGUCCGAUGUUAGCACUGGACGACAGUUGAAAGGAGAAUGUAACAGCUGGCUUCUAACUUCUUACUUAGGGUAGAAGGGCAGGUGUUUACGUGAGGGACCAGGGCCUUCGAAAAUUUCUGCUUAAAUAUUGUAUGUGUAUCUUCAGGAUGUGCACUGGUCCUGCUUACAUCUUUAAUCAUUAAGAACAUUAAUCUGGGGAAAAUACCUUAAAUCCUAAUCCUAUUAUCAUCAGGAUUCAAUUAAAUAAAGAGAUAUUAAGCACCUACUCCAUGCAAGGCACCUAUGGUACAGAGGGGCAGAAAGACCUGUCAUAACCCCUCCCUCAAGGAAGGGUACAGUGUGAGAGGGGAAGACACACAUAUGAUAGAACUUGAUGACCGUGAAGGAAGGGUUCAGCUGCUGCAAACAAGGAACAAUUCAUGGAGAAAGCGGGGCUGGAGUGUGGCUUCACAAGAACAGAUGGACUUUAGUACAGACUGAGUGGGGGCAGUGGAUGGGAGCUGACAGGGUGACCCCAAGAGACAGAGAAUAGUCUACUUUGACUAGAAUAUAGAAUAUAUGAUAACGGAAUAGUAUAUAAUAAGGCUGGAAAAGUAUGCUGGAACCACACUGUUAUGCAGACCAGCAGUCCACACGUGAUUCAGGAGGCAAUGGGGAGGUCUGGGGACAGAAGAGUGUAGUGAUAAGCUCAGUGCAUUAAGAAGUUUUCUACGACCACAGUAUGAAUGACAGAUUGAAGAAGGGAUGGAAGGGAGGCAAAAAAACCACCUAGGCUUUUACAGUAAUCUAGGCAAGAAGAAACAAGACUUUGGACUAGUCAAGUAGAAGAAAUUUGGUAGAGAUAAAGUCCUUUUACAACCAUCAGAAACAAACAUAUGUAGUCAACUUUCAAUUAUCUACAGUAGAGCAGAGGCUGAAGUCAUCCAGGAUAGCAACUAAUUAAAAACUAAUUUUUAUUCAGUUUUAGAGUUUUUUAAAUUUACAGUUGGAUAUGGGUUUGAUAUCAUAAAAUUGACAAUACUUCAAAACAAAAGUGAGACCAUAUUGUAGGGACUCAAGAAAAACAGGAAAAUCAUCUACCUUCCUCACUUUGCUCUUCCCAAAUCAAAGUCAUACUGUAUUAGCAAUAAAAGAUAUUAUUUUUAUCACUCAAUUUUUCCAGCUUAUACAGAACUUUCCCUUCUUGCUAAAAAUCUUCCCUUGUUUCUUGUUUUUAAAGAACUUCCCUAAAGGUUAUAGAGACUGCAUUUGAAAUAAGAGUAAAUGGACACAAUCUAUGAUGUAAACAAAUGAUUUAAGCAGAAUAUGCACUAUUUAUCAAUAACGACUUAAGAGCAAGAUUUUACAUGGAUGAUUAUUGAUCAAA